AGAACUGCACUGCACAAGAGUCACUGUUAAACUGUGGCUCUUCGCUCGAAAUACCACAAGUAUUUAUACUUAUUUUUCAUAACAAUUCUUAAUUUUGAUUGGCCAAAUAAAUCGACAACGAAAAUGAAAAAAACAGUCGAACGGAAACAUGAAUAGCCAAUUUAAUGACUUAAACAGAAAUCUACAUUCGAUUUUUCUAAAAAAAUUGUGAACAAAAGUGUUGUGUUUAUUAGUGAAGUGAAAAAAAGUGAAAUCAUGGCUCGUACAAAGCAAACUGCCCGUAAAUCGACUGGUGGAAAAGCCCCACGUAAGCAACUGGCAACAAAGGCAGCUCGUAAAAGUGCUCCAGCAACAGGAGGUGUAAAGAAACCACAUCGUUAUCGUCCUGGAACAGUGGCUCUUCGUGAGAUUCGUCGUUAUCAGAAAAGCACCGAAUUGUUAAUUCGUAAAUUGCCUUUCCAACGUUUAGUUCGUGAAAUUGCUCAAGAUUUCAAAACAGAUUUGCGUUUCCACAGCUCAGCUGUUAUGGCGCUUCAAGAAGCAAGUGAAGCUUAUUUGGUUGGCCUGUUUGAAGACACAAAUUUGUGCGCCAUCCAUGCCAAACGUGUCACAAUUAUGCCAAAAGACAUUCAAUUGGCCAGACGCAUUCGUGGCGAACGUGCUUAAAUCAUCGAGGUUAAAAAAAAUAUUCAACGGUCCUUUUCAGGACCACAAAAUAUUUAAAAGAGAUAUAAAUGAAUUUUAAUUCAAUCUAGUAAUUACGUACCUAUCGAUUUCCACGAUUUUUUUUUUAUUUUAGGUAGAAAGAUAAUGUGAUAAUUUACUUUGAAGGCAAAUUUUG